UACCAUAGACGCUAUUUCAUGAGUGGGGUAGGGUAUAUUUAAAGGUUUGUAUAAAUUAGAAUCUGGUAAAGUAUGAGUUGUGUAUUUUAGAAACAAUAACAUACAAUACAAACAAUUUUCACCAAACAAGUUUUUAUUACAUAUUUGUAGGUUUCGUCGAACUCUUUUGCUUUUUGUUUGACAAGAGCUUCCAAAAACAAAUUUGUGAUGCUCUUCUGUAUUCAGUGUUUAGAAAAUCGUCUUCGAUGACAUCAGGACCUAAUGAAGUCAUCACCUUGUCAAUUUGAGCAACUGUGAGCUCUUUUCUGAAGUCCUCUUUAUUAACGUUCAACAUUUUUGUUGUUUUGUUUAUCAUGAUUGUUUAAAAAGAGAUAUGUUUACAAAAAUUUAUCGCAGGUAUCGCCAUAGCCAGUUUUACUUCAUAACUAGGCACAAAUAGCUACUAAAUCAUUUCAGUACCAUGAUCCAUCCUUAUGUUAGAGACUAUUUUCCUUGUCUGGUAUAAGUACUGGAGGUACAAGUUUCCAAUGAUGUGUGGAUCACGGACUUUACAGGAUGCUUCAAGGCCACAAUAGUAAAUUUCCAAUCAAAAACGAAAUUGAUUGGAACUUACAAUAGUGAUUUUUGGAACCUGAUUGGUUAAUGCCUCCGUCCAGAUUGAAACUGAAAGAUUUGUCUUGCUUUUGGAGUUACUAUUUUGAACUAGCUUUUCUUCACUACAGGGCUUGUUUCAUCACCUCUCAAAAUGUUUUACUGGCACGCACGUGUUAACGGCGAAAUGCAUUAUAGUAUACUAUAGCAGUUCUCAUCCAAGCUAGAUUUUCAAUUUAAUUUUUUAAAUUCAAUUUAUGUUUUAAAUUAAAAAACUUAAAAGUUAAAGUAAAAUAAUUUUAAAUUAAAUUUAAAAUAAAACAAAAAUAAAGCUGAAACUUUUUUAAAAGCAAAAUAAAUAAAAAUACAAAAAGCACAUUAAAAGUAAAUUAACUUCAGAGUAGAAAUAAAGUAAAAGUAAAUAGAAAAAAAUUGUUAAAUGUAUAAAAACGCAAAUUAGUCAGUUUUUUAUGUGCCAGUUCUUGGCCACCAUACUGGUGUUUUUAAAAAUAGCAAAGCAAGGGGCCAUGAAUUUCCUGUGUUUGAUAUUGACACGAAAAAAAAUUAGUUAUAGUUCUGCUAAAACAGGGUGUCCAUUUGCAAAAUCCUUUUCUAUAAUAUUAUUUUGGAAGUCAUCCCCUACAUGUCAGCAAUAUUAAAUUGUGCUUUAAAAAAAAAUUUAUAGUCAAUUUAUAAAUUCAAAAUCUAAUGGUCGUGAUGACAGAGGUUUUUCGAGUACCUCAGUUUGAUGAAAACAAAAAGUGAGUAGGAAACAAAAUUAAAAUUUAGAAUAAAAAAAAAUUGAAGUGAAUGUUACGUUAAAAUAUUUUGUUGAUAUUCCGAUAUAAACAGCCUUGUGUCAAAUACAUCUGGUUGUUUUACGUGAUUAUCAACUGUCAGACCUUCUCUUAUUUUGUUAAUCUGGUUUUGCUGGUAAAAACAGACACUAAUCUUUAGUUGGCAAUAAAUGGUUGUGAAAUCUGCUAUUCGCUAAUUUUACUUGUGACAUAAAAAGUGACAGUGAUGAAAAACUAAACUGAACAGAUGGUUUUAAACUGAUCUCAUUGACGGUAAUAUUACUGAUAAAAAAAGCUUUUUAAUCAACGUUUUAAUAUGCUUUUUACUAAUUUUGAUUUUAUCUUUUUCUUUUUUUGGUAUAUAAAGUUUAUUAAAAUAAAGUUUAGAAUUUUGCUUCUGGUUUUUAACUGCUGUAGUUCACACAUGAGCAUUUUAUUUUACUCCAUUGUAAAAUGAACAAGACAUCUUACAAUAGUGAAGGGACUGGUAGUAUUAUGUUGGAAAUUGCGGGCAUAACUAUUUUCAUUCUUGGUGUCAUUGGAAACAUGCUUUUGCUUGUUUGUCUCACCAAGUUGAGAUACCUCAAAAAUUUAUUUGAAAAGCUCCUCUUUAACUUAGCCUGUUGCAAUCUCUUGUUGCUUUUACUGUCAAUACCAACCAGUCAUGUGAUUGAUCGAAAGAAACCAAACUAUCCGUUUGGAGCUGCCGGCUGCAAGUUAAUUGAUCCUUGCUCAACAUAUGCUGCGAAUGCUACUGCACUCACUUUAGUAGCAAUUGCAAUCCAAAGGUACAAUGUGACAGCUAGAAGAAUAAUUGAUAUUCCGACAGCUCGAAAACAAUUCAUAGCGAUAUUUAGUAUCCACUUUGUGUCAUUUUUAAGCAUUAUCCCGUUUAUGAUGUCUUUACGCUAUUUGUAUUUGAGAUGCAAUGAAAAAUGGAGCGUAAGAUCUCGCCGGAUUUACACCAUAUUACUGUUCUGUUUCCAGUAUGCCAUUCCAGUGCCCACAAUGGCAGUGUUAUACACAAAGUCUUGGCUGGUCAUUUAUGAUUCGCUAUCAUAUGUUGCGUCCAUUACAAUACGGCACGAGCAAAAGCAGUUCGAGGAAGCAGAAAAGAGUUCAGCUGAAACCAACGACAAAAUCCGAGAUAUUGAAGCAGAAAAGAAAUCUAUACAGGAUGGUGUCGAAAAUGCAAGCCCAAGAAUCUUCUGCGCCGUUUAUUACAUCAUGCCAAAGAACGUAAAGCGUUGUGAAGAGAUUAUUGGUUCUAACCACGUCCAAACAAAAGCCUUUCAAAUAAGACUACGACAAAGUCGAAAUAUCUUAAAGAUGUUUUCAGCCAUUGUUGUUCUUUAUGCGAUCUUUUUCUUACCGCACCAUCUGUUGUGGUUGUACAUAGAUUUUGCGUCAGUCGAAGAGGACAUGUUACAGCCGUGGUUAGUUCAAAUAACCUAUUUAAUGACAUACAUCAAUAGCGUUUUAAACCCUUGGAUGCAUGGAAAACUAAGGAAAAGAUUUAGAGCCAAGAUCAGAGAACUCAGAAGCAAUAUGUUUUGAGAAAGAAAGACUUCAUGAGAAAAGCUUACAAUUCUUGUGUUUUUCGUGUAGUUUUUUGAAAAUCAAACUAAGGUAUUCGAAAAACCCCUGUCAUCACGACCAUUAGAUUUUGAAUUUAUAAAUUGACUAUUGCACUAAAGGCAAUCAUGAUCAAAUUAAACAUUUUGAUUAUAACGAUGACAUUAAAUGUUUAAUUUUAACACCCAGUAUUGUCUUUAUCCACAAUUGACUCCAUUUUUAAUUAAAUACGAAUGUGUAUGUAUGGGCACUGGUCAAGGUAUGCUGAGUCUAGUAAAGGAACCGACUAAUUAUAUUUACACGCAUUACUAUCUUUGCUCCGAAAAUGGACUAAUAAAUAGACCUAUCGUUGUUUAAGUCUUCUUUAAAAGUUCGAAAUCUUUUAGACUGCAUGAUGUUUAAUUCUCUUGUAAAUAUACUCUAUUUUAAGUGUAAUUUUAGUUCAUUCUUUAUCCAGCCCGUUCCAGUUGGCUGAGUAAAAAAUAAAAAAACUUAAUUUUAAAGUUUGAAUAUUACCUGACUUAAUGACUUAACAUCAGCUUCUGAUUUAUUGCACUGUUUUACUGUAAGUUUGCGUAUUCGCUUAUUUUGCUAACAAACUGCUGUGUUGCUGCAACUCCAGACAGUAAAAAAGAAGAUUGGAUUUCAGUCGUAAACACAAGCAAUUGAUUACGUUAUAACGUGCACUUCAAACUUUACAAAGUGCACUUAGAACCUUGGUUAUUUGGUUACAUCCAAAAUCUUAAUGGUACUUAUUUUUACUGAUCACACCUCUAUUCUCUAUUUUCGAAACCUUUCAGGCCAUGGAGCAGAUUGUUCAUAACACUGACAUCGUGAAAAGUGCAGCUGGCACAUCUUCGACACUGUGUACUUAGCCUACACCCCUGCCAAACCAUUUUUCCGCGC